AAAUCAAUAAACGCCAACGCGUUAACGGGAGUCGGAAAAAUCCCAAUUUGCUUCGCGCUCUCACCUUCCGACUCAGAUUGAAGAUACUGAAAUUGAUUCUCGCUAUUCGUCUCUUUCCGAUCCAAUUCUUUCCUUUUGGAUUAGGUUUUCAUUCUGUCUUCAAUGGCGUCUAAUUCGUAUCGUGGCGGUAGUUCCUUCUACAACGGCGAUGCCGCUCCUUAUCGUUCCAGGGAGGGGCUUAGCACGAGACCGUCGGCUGCUUCCGAUGAAAUUCAACUACAGAUCGAUCCGAUGCAAGGGGACUUGGACGACCAGAUCGUUGGUCUCCAUGGCCAGGUUAAGAGGCUGAGAAAUAUUGCUCAAGAAAUUGGAACAGAAGCAAAAUCUCAGCAAGAUUUUCUAGAUCAGUUGCAAAUGACGUUGAUCAAAGCUCAAGCGGGAGUGAAGAACAACGUAAGAAGAUUGAACAAAAAAAUCAUACAGAACGGAUCAAAUCACGUCGUCCAGGUCGUCGUAUUUGCAUUGAUCUGUUUCUUCAUAGUGUAUAUGUGGUCGAAAAUAUCCAGAAAAUGAAUGCUUCCCUACCAGUUGCUGGCCAGUGACGAAGGAAAAGAAACAGGAAUGAUGUUUUAAUGUUAUCACUCUCACUCAUGGGGUAAGAAAAUGGUGCAGUGAAAAUAGGCUUUUUGUGUUUCUUUUUGUAGGGAACUCUUUGAGUAUACACUUUUAUACGUUGUAAAGAUCUGUAUUGUUCAUUUCAACUAUAGUUUUCAUCAAUCAACUUAUGCCGAUGGGGUUUGUUUUGUGACU